GAGAGUACAGAUUCGAAUACAAACACCAUAAAUCAUCUUUUCGUUAACGGAAAAAACACUAUAGCUGAUCAGAAAUGGCGCAUGUUACUGCUCGGCGAGCUCUGGCAUCACUCCUCACUCGGUCCUUUUCUUCAUCUCCUUCUUCUCUCUCCUCUCGUGGUCGUUUUUGUCUUCCUCUCCUCGAGAAGAGCCUUCUGCCGCAAGUCUUGCCGGACGCGGUGAAGAUACCGACCCGACCGAAGACGUCCGGUUCGGGUUACUCACCCUUGAACGAUCCGUCCCCCAACUGGAGCAACCGACCACCGAAGGAGACGAUCCUUCUAGAUGGCUGUGAUUACGAGCAUUGGCUCAUAGUCAUGGAGUUUCCCAAUGAAACCAAACCCUCCGAAGAGGAGAUGAUCAACGCUUAUGUCAAGACGCUAGCUACUGUUGUGGGCAGUGAGGAGGAGGCUAAAAAGAAGAUCUACUCUGUCUGUACCACGACGUAUACUGGCUUCGGUGCCUUGAUAUCUGAGGAGCUUUCUUACAAAGUGAAAGGCUUGCCGGGUGUUCUCUGGGUUUUGCCAGAUUCAUAUCUUGAUGUUCCCAACAAAGAUUAUGGAGGGGAUUUGUAUAUCAAUGGGAAAGUAAUACAUAGGCCACAGUAUAGGUUCAACGAGAGGCAGCCAACUAGGAACAGGGCUCGCCCACGGUAUGAUAGGCGUCGAGAAACAAUGCAGGUUGAAAGGAGAGAGCCAAUGCAAAGACAGAGUUGGAACCAAGGUCAGACAGGAACUAUGCAGCAAACACCAUCAACAAACAAUCAGAAUACUUCAGCUUACAAUGGAGAAGGGAAUCACCGAUGAAUAAUCUGAGUUCAGCUUACAGCGAGAGUGAAGUGACCCUAUGAAUCAAGGGAGAUAAACAGGAGGAAUUCAUGGUAUUCAGGAGUACAGUUUGCUAAUCUUGAUCUUAGAUUUUUAUUUUGAGUCUUGUUGUGUUCCUUAUUUGCUAGGUGAAAGUCGAGUUUUCUUGAACUAGAUUCCAUGACAUACAUUACCUAGAGUUUCAUUAGAAUACUGUGAAUAAUUAUGUUUCAUUUCAUAUAACGUUCUUCCUUUUGGUUAUUGUGAAAUUCCAAUCAUCAUCAGGUGUCCUUACAUGUGAUA